GCUUUAUUUUCUCUAGCUGCAACAAAAAAUCAUUCCUCAUCAAGACCAACUGAUGGCAACAGCACUAGAGUGCAUCUAUAGCUGUGAACGAAAUGACCAACUCUCUCUUUGCUAUGACAUAUUAGAAUGUCUGCCAGAAAGAGGAUAUGGUGAUAAGACAGAGAAGACUACAACUCUUCAUGACAUGGUCGACCAACUGGAACAAAUUCUCAGCGUGUCAGAGCUUUUGGAAAAACAUGGACUUGAGAAACCGAUUUCAUUUGUUAAAAACACUCAGUCUAGCACAGAAGAGGCACGCAGGCUGAUGGUUAGAUUGACUAGGCACACCGGUCGAAAGCAGCCUCCUGUCAGUGAGUCUCAUUGGAGGAUGUUACUGCAAGACAUGUUAACUAUGCAGCAGGAUAUCUACACAUGUUUAGAUUCUGAUGCUUGCUAUGAGAUAUUUACAGAAAGCCUUCUGUGCUCCAGUAGCCUUGAAAAUAUCCACCUGGCUGGGCAGAUGAUGCACUGUAGUGCUAGUUCUAUAAACCCCCCAGCCAGUGUAGCCCAUAAAGGGAAACCCCAAUACAGGGUCAGUUACGAAAAAAGUAUUGACCUAGUUUUGGCUGCCAGCAGAGAGUACUUCAAUUCUUCUACCAACCUCACGGAUAGCUGCAUGGAUCUGGCCAGGUGCUGCUUACAGCUGAUAACAGACAGACCCCCUGCCAUUCAAGAGGAGCUAGAUCUUAUCCAAGCCCUUGGAUGUCUUGAAGAAUUUGGGGUAAAGAUCCUGCCUUUGCAAGUGCGAUUGUGCUCUGAUCGGAUCAGCCUCAUCAAGGAGUGUAUUUCCCAAUCUCCCACAUGCUACAAACAAUCCGCCAAGCUUCUGGGCCUUGCCGAACUGCUAAGUGUUGCAGGUAAUGAUCCAGAAGAAAGACGUGGACAGGUUCUAAUCCUUUUAGUGGAGCAAGCACUUAGUUUCCAUGACUACAAAGCAGCCAAUAUGCAUUGUCAGGAGCUGAUGGCCACAGUUUAUCCUAAAAGUUGGGACGUCUGCAGCCAGUUAGGACAAUCAGAAGGUUACCAAGAUUUGGCCGCUCGUCAAGAACUCAUGGCUUUUGCUUUGACACAUUGCCCUCCCAGUAGCAUUGAGCUUCUUCUAGCAGCCAGCAGCUCUCUGCAGACAGAAAUUCUUUAUCAAAGAGUGAAUUUCCAGAUUCAUCCUGAAGGAGGGGAAAAUAUCAAUGUUUCACCAUCAAUGAGUAAAUCCAUACAAGAGGAUGAAGUAGGUGUUCCAGGUAGCAAUUCAGGUGACCUAUUACGCUGGACCACUGCUACCACUAUGAAAGUUCUUUCCAACACCACGACUACCACCAAGGCCGUGCUACAGGCUGUCAGUGAUGGGCAGUGGUGGAAGAAGUCUUUAGCUUACCUCCGCCCCCUACAAGGGCAAGAAUUUGGUGGUUCUCAUCAAAUCGGAACUAUAGCCAAUGAAGAUCUAGAAAAACAAGGGUGUCAUCCUUUUUAUGAAUCAGUCAUCUCUAAUCCCUUUGUCACUGAGUCUGAAGCAACCUGUGACACCUAUCAGCAUGUUUCAGUAGAAAGCUUUGCAGAAGUAUUGCUGAGAACUGGAAAACUGGCAGAGGCUAAAACUCAAGGAGAAGUAUUUCCAACAACAGAAGUUCUCUUGCAGCUAGCAAGUGAUGCUUUACCAAAUGACAUGACCUUGGCUCUCGCUUAUCUCCUUGCCUUACCACAGGUACUAGAUGCUAACAAGUGCUUUGAAAAGCAGUCGCACUCUGCGUUAUCUCUUCAGCUGGCAGCGUAUUACUAUAGCCUGCAGAUUUAUGCCCGAUUGGCUCCAUGUUUCAGGGACAAGUAUCAUCCACUUUACAGAGCUGAUCCCAAAGAGCUAAUCAGGAUGGUCACCAGGCAUGUGACUCGACAUGGACACGAAGCCUGGCCCGAAGACCUUGUUUCAUUGAUCAAGCAGUUACACUACUAUAAUGAACGUCUCCUGGACUUCACGCAGGCUCAGGUCCUUCAGGGCCUCCGGAAGGGUGUGGAUGUGCAGCGAUUUACUGCAGACGACCAGUAUAAAAGGGAAACUAUCCUUGGUCUGGCAGAAACCCUUGAGGAAAACGUCUACAGUAUUGCUCUUUCUCUGGCACAACGUUACAGUGUCUCCCGCUGGGAAGUUUUUAUGACCCAUUUGGAGUUUCUGUUCACUGACAGUGGAUUGUCCACAGUAGAAAUUGAGAACCGUGCCCAAGCCCUUCAUCUCUUUGAGACUUUGAACACUGAUCCUGAAGCCUUUCACAAGCACAUGGUCAAGUAUAUUUACCCCACUAUUGGUGGCUUUGAUCAUGAAAGACUUCUGUAUUAUUUCACUCUUCUGGAAAACUGUGGCUGUGCAGAUUUGGGGAAAUAUACCAUUAAACCAGAAACCCACAUUCGUCUACUGAAGAAAUUUAAGGUAGUUGCAUCAGGUCUCAAUUACAAAAAGCUGACUGAUGAAAACAUGAGUCCUCUUGAAGCACUAGAGCCAGUCCUUUCAAGUCAAAAUAUCUUAUCUAUUUCCAAACUUGUUCCCAAAAUCCCUGAAAAGGAUGGACAGAUGCUUUCCCCAAGCUCUCUGUACACCAUCUGGUUACAGAAGUUGUUCUGGAAUGGAGACUCUCACCUCAUUAAACAAGUACCAGAGUCCUCACCGGAGUGGCUUCACGCCUAUGAUGUCUGCAUGAAGUACUUUGAUCGCCUUCACCCGGGUGACCUCAUCACUGUGGUAGAUGCAAUUACGUUUUCUCCAAAAGCUGUGACCAAGCUGUCUGUGGAAGCACGGAAAGAGAUGACGAGCAAGGCUAUUAAGGCAGUCAGACAUUUUAUUGAGAAGCCAAGGAAGAGAACUUCAGAAGAUGACAUGCAAGAAGCUAGGAAUUCUCAAGUUACCUUUGUAGAUGCUUUGAAUCAUCUGGAGAAAUCACUUGCUCACCUGGAAACCCUCAGCCAUAGCUUCAUCAUUUCUCUGAAGGAUAGUGAACAGGAAACACUGCAGAAAUACAGUUACCUCUAUGACCUGUCCAGAUCAGACAGAGAGAAACUUCAUGAUCAAGCUGUGGCCAUGUGUUUAGAUGGCCAGCCUCUAAGAAUGAUACAGCAGCUGCUAGAAGUGGCCGUUGGCCCUCUUGACAUCUCACCCAAGGAUGUAGUGCAGAGUGCAAUCAUAAAAAUAAUUUCCAUGUUGAGUGAAGGUAGUGCUGACCUCGGAGAGUUAAGAGACCCACUCCAGGUCCUGGAAGGUGUGGUUGCAGCAGUCCAUGCCAGCGUGGACAAGGGAGAGGAGCUGGUUUCGUCUGAGGACCUGCUAGAGUGGCUGCGGCCUUUCUGUGCUGAUGAUACCUGGCCAGUGCGGCCACGCAUUCACGUGCUGCAGAUUUUGGGGCAGUCAUUUCACCUGACUGAGGAGGACAGCAAGCUCCUUGUGUUCUUUAGAACAGAAGCCAUUCUUAAAGCCUCUUGGCCCCAGAGACAGGUAGACAUAGCUGAAAUUGAGAACGAAGAAAAUCGCUACCGUCUAUUCACAGAACUCUUGGAAUCUAGUCACCAUGAGGUUGAAUUUCAGCACUUGACUUUGCUUUUGCAAGCUUGGCCACCUAUGAAAAGUGAAUAUGUCAUAGCCAAUAAUCCAUGGGUGAGACUAGCCACAGUGAUGCUCACCAGAUGUACAACAGAGAACAAGGAAGGACUCGGUAAUGAAGUUCUGAAAAUCUGUCGCUCUUUAUGUAACACCAAGCAGAUGCUGCCUGCAGAGGGCGUGAAGGAGCUGUGUCUGCUGCUGCUUAACCAGUCUCUCCUGCUGCCGUCCCUGAAGCUUCUUCUCGAGAGCCAGGAUGAGUGUCUACGUACGAUGGCACUGGAGCAAAUCUCAGCUGUCACUACGGUGAACGAUGCCAAUUGUGAUGCAGAACUCCUUUCCCUGAUCUUGGAUGCCAAGCUGCUGGUGGAAUGCGUCUCCACUCCCUUUUAUCCACAUAUCGUGGACCACCUCUUGGCCAGCCUUCAGCAUGGGCACUGGGAUGCUGAGGAGCUGGCCAAACAGCUGCAAGAGGCCGGCUAUGAGAUGGAAGCCGGCUCACUCCUGCUGGCUGUGCGGGGGACUCAUCGAGCCUUGAGAACUUUCAGCACAGCCCUCAGCGCAGCACAGCACUGGGUUUGAGCGGCCUUCCCAGGGCCCAUGCUCCUUGGUGGAAAAGAGCAUCUGGAGCUGAACGCUCUUCCCAGAAGCAACAUGUGAGCUUGUCAAUCAUUCUCAGUGGUUCCAGCAAAUUGCAAAUAAAGCUGUAUAUAAAGGUUGAGCA